CAACCAGCCUGACUGAAUUCGGUUUCUGCUUGCGAAAUGCACUGUAGCUUUCCGUUUCCGUCCAUCAGACCAGACUCCUUAGUAUGCCAAGGGUUUAGAAGGCUCAAGCGUUCACCUAGCUUACCAGUCUCUCGUGUUUUCAUAUCAAGCCUUUCUUCCACCAACCCUUUGUUAACUCCUGGCUGUCGUCUCGCUGAAAUGUUAAAGUUGAGCCUUUCACCCGAUAACUCUGUGGCUUGUUAACUCCAGCAUUGAGGAACCUAUCUAUAAGCGAUAUAAAAUGCAUUCCGCUGUAGGGAGGGGUGGAGACGAAGAUGCUGGAAGCAGAUUCACUAAGAUUCUCCACCCCGAGAGGGACCUAGCCCUCAACUGGACCAUUGACGUGGCUAGUGUAUUAGGCGAGUACCUGGACGAGUUGCACGGAGCAGCAGGCUCGCUACAAGAUGGCGCCUCACUGAACUUCGUGGAAGCCGCGCUUGUCGUGCAAGGGUCGGCGGGUAUCUAUAGUCGCAAGACGGACUAUUUGCACAGCCUCGUGCUACACGCUCUAACCACACUCACGACCGGGGAGACGAACGACAGCAGCAACGACGGGGAGGACUCCGGUGACGCGCAGGGCAAUGGCAGUGACGGGGACGACUGCGACCUGCAUCGGUUCCUAUUGCUGGAUGACGUGGAAGUGGUUGGGUCCGGCACGGACCAGUCGCGGUUGGACAUGCGAGAAAAGGACCAGAGGAAAACCCCAGAGGACGAAGACGACGACGAGGAGGGAGGGCUGGCGGACGCAGGGGGGGGCCGGCCCUACCUGCGCGCCAAGCGCAAAACCGACGGUGGGGAUUGGAGCAGCAGGCUGAGCGAUCCGAGUGUGUGUCUGACGUUCCCCCUGCUGGCGGGCAAGGGGCGCGGCAUGAUACUCCCGGACAUAGAGAGCAUCAUCCAGCGAGCCGUCAUGCGCGACGGCAAGAGGCAGAGAGUCGGGGUUCCAGGCAGGAGCGCUGAGGACGGAGGGUCGCAGAAGCAGGCAGGUAGCGCCCUAGAGCCCCCAGUAGGCAACGUCUUUGCGGACCUAGAAGCAGACGCCGAUGAGGCAUACGGGCAAGCACAUCCGGGCGGUGGCGCAGAUGGGCAAGAUGGCAUGGACAUAGAGGACGACGAUGAUGGGGCCGGUGGGGGCGGCGAUGGGGACAGCGAUGGGGAGAACGGGGAGUGCGAGGCGGGCAUGGCGCGGCCUCGAUGCACGCCACCUCCGGGCGCCGGCCCACUGCCAGGUAUGGAGUGGGAGGCCAACGUCAUGCAUCCAGAACCACCCCUGCAUGAGUCUGAUUCAGCACCGCAUGCGGCCACAGUGGAAGCUAUGCGAGAUGCCCAUGUGGCGGAGAUGCUACAGAGGGCGGCAGCAGUGCAGGCGCGGAAGUCAGAGGUGGAGACGAGGGUGGGGGACUGGCAGGCUCGCAUUCUGCCGCUGCUAGAACAACAGGACGAGCGCCCUCCUUUUGACAUCCACGUGUAUGGGGAUCUCAUUCUGUCAGCCCUGGAGCAGAAGCAGAUGCAGCAGCAGCAGCAGCAGCAGCAGCGGCGGCAGCAGCAGCAGGAGGAGGAGGAAAUGGGUCAACGGGAGGAAGGGCAACAGCAGGAACAGUUGUGCGAGGACCUGUUUGAGAAUGUGAUUAACACUCCACAUGCAUAUGAGGUCCCCCGAUACUUCUCUGCACUGCUGCAGCUGGUCAACAAUGGCAACGUUAGUCUCUCCGUGGAUCCAGAUGGCCUCGUACAACCCAGCAACCUCUCCUUCUCGCACCCUCCCUCCGCCUCCUCCUCCCGCUCCUCCGUAGCCCCCCCUGUUCGAGCUUCCACCAGCAACACUUCUUCCCCUCCCUCCGCCUCUGUGUCCGAUCCGUCCUCUGGUCCGCGCUGCUUCUCUCGUGGGUCGUCCUUCUCUGUGCGUCUGCACUCACUGAACCGGCGGCAGGAGGAGCUGAGAGGGUACGUGGCCCCGUCACAAAGACAAGAGGGGGGCAGUGGAGCGGGGAAGGCCAGAGGGGAGGGCAGACGAAAGGGGAACAGGCAGCACGGGGAGGAGAGUCAAGGAGAGGAGCAUCAGUGGGAGGGAUCCGCUUGUGCUGAUGCAGUGGGAGAAGCAGGCGGAUGUGAUUAUAGUGAUGGCGGGGCUGGCAGGGACGGCAGAGGCAGACCCGCUUCAAGAGAUGGUUGUAGCGGUUUGGGUGGUGGCAGCAGUAAAGGUGGCAGCGCAUCGGGACGUGAUAAGAAAGACUCAGCUCAGAGAAAAAGAAAGGCUCGAGACCGGGAGCUCCCUCCACUCCCGCCUGCCUCUUGGCCUCCUUCUGCUGUGCCCUCGUCCAGUUUGAGUGAGCAGGAGCAGGAGUGGAAAGACUCGGAAAAUCAAGGUUCCGAGGGAUCGAGAAUGAGGGUGGUCAGAAACGGGGGAAUUUUGACAGAGUCUUCUAAGGGCGUGAACGGGAGGGAGGUUCCUGGAGCUGGGAGGAACAACAAGAGUAGGAAGGUUUUGGACGAGAACAAGGAGGAAGGGGAGGUGGAGGAAGAGAGGGAGGAACAGAGUGGCGAUGGCGAGGAGGAGGAUGAGGGCUGUGGCAGAACAGAGAGAUCGGAGGUGGGCGAGAUGAGGAGAUGCAGGGAACAGGAAGAGAUGCUGCGUCACCAUGAUGGCAAGAGGCAGAAGCAGGAUGGUGCCCAAGAGACAGGAGGUGGCUUAUCAGGAGGUACCUCACUAGGAGGCAGCUCAUUAGGGGCGCACAGCAAUGGAGGGAGUUCUCAGAGGUGUGCAGAGGCUGUGAGAGGUUCCAGUGCAGCUGCAAGUGUACUUGGGGAAGGGAACGCAUCAUCUCCUGUUCCUGUUGCACGAAGGAGAGACCCCAGAGGCAACUCGCUGCUAAGGAAGUUUGUGGCAGCGAGAUUGGAGAGAUCUAGGUCGUGGAAAGAGAGGAUGAGCUUCCAGCGGAUAAAGCGGAAGCUGGGUACAGACUGCGUUAUGCAGCCGCUCUUCUCCAUACAGCAAGAACUUGCAGAGACUAGUAGGUUCCAAAAGCGGAGGAGGGAGAGUGAAAAGGCUGAUACUUGUGCUGCCAGGUGCUCAUCUGCACAAGGGGUGAACAUAGCUGGUGCUGUGGUAAGACCGGAGAGGUUCAAACGGCAGUGGUAAGGUUGACAAGGGGGUCAAGAGAGCUGUCCUGACUGACUUACAGGGGGGGUAAGGGGAUCCAACUGACCUAAGGUACUUGUAGAAUAGCCUGACUACUACAUUUCAGUAGGUUAGACGUAGCAACUGUCAAUCAGCUAUAGGACGGUGGAUGGUCUUCCUCUUGAAGGCUUGGACUUAGUCAGUGAUUCUAAUUUCCACUGAUAGAUAAUAUCUAGGAUAGA